GCAAUCCGUAAGCGCCUCUCCAAACCGUGCGUAGCGGGACAUUGGUGACCGCGGUUUAUUGAAAUUUGUUGUUGGUGGAUAAUAGUAAAUAUAAAAUACUCGCUAGAAGUAAUUUUCUAUAAAGUAUCGAUUACUCUGGUUUGAAGUGUCACGAAUUCAAAAAUGGUUGAAAAGGAGGAAACACUAAUAAGCGAGGAGGAGGCGGCUCAGUAUGACCGUCAGAUUCGGUUGUGGGGUCUGGAUGCUCAGAAAAGGCUGCGUGCCUCCCGCGUGCUGCUGGUGGGGAUGAGGGGGCUGGGGGCAGAGGUGGCCAAGAAUCUGAUCCUGGCAGGAGUGAAGGGGCUGACGAUGCUGGACCACGAGCAGGUAAGCCACUAUCUCUGCCAUGUGGUUCCUGUGUGCCUGACCUGCUGCCCCCGUGACCUCCUGGUGAGAGUGGACCAGAUCUGCACCAAGAACAACGUCAAGUUCUUCAGCGGGGACGUGUUCGGGUACCACGGCUACAUGUUCUCCAACCUGGGGCCCGAGCACCACUAUGUGGAAGAGAAGCCAAAGGUGGUCAAACCUGCAGAAGAGGUUGACGAUGGGCCCGAGGCCAAAAAGCCAAAGAUUGACCCCAGCAAGACAGCCAUGGUUAAGAAGACGGCCAGCUUCUGCUCCCUGAAGGAAGCCCUGGAAGUUGACUGGACGAGUGAGAAGGCCAAAGCUGCCCUGAAACGCACCCCAGCGGACUACUUCCUCCUGCAAGUACUCCUGAAGUUCCGCACGGACAAGGGUCGUGACCCCCACCCCGAGAGCUUCGCCGACGACUCCCAGCUCCUGCUCCAGAUCCGUGACGAUGUCCUGGAUUCCCUGGGGCUGGGUACCGAGCUGGUCCCGGACGAGUUUGUCAGCUACUGCUUCUCGGAGAUGUCUCCUGUGUGUGCGGUGCUGGGAGGCGUGCUGGGACAGGAGAUUGUCAAGGCGCUAUCCCAGAGGGACGCUCCGCACAAGAAUUUCUUCUUCUUCGACGGGUGGAAGGGCACUGGGGUGGUGGACUGCUUGGGCGAGAAGUAAAACCAGAAUCGUUUUCUAGCAGAAAUAGACAGGGGGUGGGAUUGGGGGCCUUGGAAGUAAGUCAAGUGUGUAUAUACUGCAGUCUGUUUGUCUCUGGUUCAGCCAACAGCCUACUUGCUAGACCAUAGUUUGGAGUUUCACAGAAGGUUCUGUCAGCCACUUCAGGUCUAAACCCAUUGAGUCUGGUUUCUCUGGUCCAGUCCCAGGCCCCAGUGUGGAGAUCCCACACACAAGUCAAACGAAGCUUGAACCAUUUACCUGCAGAGGUCCAGUGCAUAGGCUAUGUGAAGCACCCUGUGGAGGAGCCCGUUAGAAGACUUUCUUUGCCUGCCAUCUUUGAAGUUCUUGUCAUUAAUGAGAAUGAUCAGGCCCCCUGGUGAAUGUGUUACGUGUCGUGGCGACAAUAUUACCGAAUCGUGCUCUGCAUUUCUCAGCUUGUACUGUCAAAUGUUUUGCGCCCCAUUGUAACCUGCAUUAGCACAGGCUGUUGUGACAAGCAUCCUGAACGUGAGAAUGAAAUCAGUUAUAGGACAUUUCACUUAAAGGCAUCCGUGAUCAAUCUGUGGUCAGCUUGGGCCGGAGAGAUGGGACGUUUCUGUACAUGGUUCCUGGCGUGAACAUCGUGCUUCCUUGUGUGUCUAGAGACCUUUUUUCGUUUUACUGUUUAAAGCCCUUGGGCAGACAAACUGUCAUUUUUAUGUUUUGUAAUAAAAAAAUUAAAAUGAAA